AUGUUUCGCGAGGCUUGGAAUGAGGCCUUUACUACAGAAAACGUGCGAAGCGCAUGGGAAGCGACAGGGAUUCAUCCAUUCAAUCCGAGUCGAGUGCUUUCAGUUUUUCCGCACCCUCAAACAACAUUACAGUUAAGCCCACCAAAGCCAAAAACACCCACUUCUACACGACCAAUACGUCUCCUACUGCACGCAGGCGAAAAGCUUGUGACAGAGCUUGAAAUCGUACGACAUGAAAAUCAAGGUCUGCGAAAGGCAGUCUUACAUGAAAAGAAGAAGCGAAAACGUGGCAAGGCUCGUAAAGCAGAGGAAAAGAAAAUUGCACACAAUUUGGCGCAGCAGGCUGCGCGUGAAUUACUUGCUCAAGAAAAAGCCGAAAGACAAGCCAUACAACAAGCUCAACGAGUACAAAAAGCUGCAGAGACUGAGAAACGCAAGCGAGACGUAGCCGAAGCGAAGGUGCAGCGCGUACGAGUGAAAGAAGGGACUCAAAAGGUUGCGAAGUCGAAGAAAAGGCCACUCGAGGUCGAUGAGUCGAAAAGGCCCAAAAAGGGGUCUCUUGUACGACCUACAAGCAACACAGUUACGACGAUUUUCUUCAUCACUAUAUUUGCGUACGAAAUUAUCUCGAGCAUUGUGGUCCAUGCUAUUCGCAUGCGAAGUGGUUACGUGGAGGAAGAGAGAAGCGGUCACGACGUGGGAACGGUCAUCACACGUUAA